AUGAACAGCAAGCCACUCGCCAUUAAAUGUUCGUCUUUGAAGCCUCAAUUCGAUUACCUCAUAAGCAAAUGCAAAAGCAUUCGGCAGUUCCAACAAAUACAUGCUCAAAUCAUCACUCAGGAAAGCUUUCUUCCUCAUGAAACAUCACAUCCACAGUUGUGUAAAUUGGCGUCUUUUUGUGCAGUUUCGCCUCAUGGAAACUUAUUAUCCUAUGCUAAGACCAUAUUCGAUCAGCAACCGAACCCAGCUGUCCAACUCUAUAAUUCACUCAUUAGAGGGUUUUCGGUAUCUCAUAACCAGCCUCAAGAAGCCAUUGUCUUGUUUCUUGAUAUGUUACGUAAGGGUGUAGAACCCAAUAAUAUGACUUUUCCGUUUGUAAUUAAGGCAUGUACGGUGUCAUCAAGGACCGAAUUUGGGAUUAUGGUUCACACCCAUGUUUUGAAAUGUGGCUUAGAGUCUGAUUUAUACGUACAAAGUUCACUGAUUAAGUUUUAUGCGAAUGCUAAAUGCCUAGGCUCUGCAAAGCGGUUGUUUGAUGUGUAUCCUGAGAGAGAUAUUGUUUGUUGGAACUCGAUGAUUGAUGCAUAUGUGAAAUCUGGCGAGAUGGAGCUUGCAAGGGUAGUGUUCGAUCAAAUGCCAUGUAAGGAUGUGAUUUCUUGGAACAGCAUUAUCAAUGGCUAUGGAAUUAUUGGGAAUCUUGGUGAAGCCAAAAGGCUGUUCGAUCAAAUGCCUGAGAGAAACCUAGUCUCUUGGAAUUCUAUGUUAGCCGGGUAUGUGAAAUGUGGAAAUGUAGAGGAUGCACUUAAUAUGUUCCGCCACAUGCCUCGCAGAGAUGUGGUUUCCUGGAAUGCCAUGCUAGCUUGUUAUGCACAGAAUGGAAAGGCAAAUGAAACACUUGCAUUAUUUGAUGAAAUGAAGCUUCUAGGAAUAAGGGCUAAUGAGACUACAGUUGUUAGUGUGUUGUCUGCCAUUGGUCAGUUGGGUGCUCUAGAUCGAGGGUCGCACUUACAUUUAUAUAUCAGUGAACAAGGUAUCAAGAUUAACUCAAUUGUUGGUACUGCUUUGAUAGAUAUGUAUGUCAAAUGUGGUAACAUUGCAGAAGCGUCAUAUAUAUUUAAUUCAAUGGAAAGUAAAGACGUUCUUGCUUGGAAUACCAUGAUAAUCGGCAUGGGAAUGCAUGGACAUGCUGAGGAGGCUCAACAUCUAUUCAACCAGAUGCAGCAUGAAGGAGUGGCACCAAAUGACAUAACUUUCGUUGCCAUCCUUGGUGCUUUUCGUCAUGCUGGAAUGACAGAGGAGGGUCAGAAACUAUUGUCUUCCAUGGAAGGUGUUUAUGGUGUUGAACCCAAGGUUGAGCAUUAUGGCUGUGUUAUUGAUCUGCUUUCUCGGGCUGGAAGAUUGGAUGAAGCAUUGGAUCUCACAAGGAAUAUGCCUAUGGAACCCAAUGCUUAUACAUGGGGUGCAUUGCUUGGAGGUUGCAGAAUUCAUGGGAAUGCCAACGUUGCUGGGGAGGUGGGAAAGCGGCUGCUUGAUCUAGAACCACAACAUAGUGGCCGGUAUGGAGGUCUCUCUUAUGGUCAACUCACUAAAUAUUCUCAUUCCCUUAUAGAGAGCAUGUUUGUUUUCCUUAAUCAUUUGCCUUUUUAAAUGCUUG